UCGCAGCUACAAGUACAUUUCCUUGAGAGCGAAAUUGUUGCAGACUCCCAUUACCAAUGCCAAGUGGUUAUAAGCCAUUCCUUUAUAAUUUCACUGUGGAUGGCUGUAAGUUCAUGAAGAAUCCUCAGACAAACCCUGUUGCCAAUUACUUUUUUGGACUAGUCAGUAGCCACAUGAAUUUUAAUCAUUCGUGUCCCUAUGAUCAUGAUAUUAUUUUGGAUAAGCUUCCCAUCGAUUUUAUAGAUGAUAAAUUUACACGUGUUCUGCCUUUUCCACAUGGCAGUUACCUAUUGGAAUCCCACUGGUAUUCCGACAACAUCAAACGUGUCGUGGUCAAAAUUUAUGGAACUCUUUCGUAA